GAGCAGGAGGUAGAUAAAUUACCCUCACAGAUAAUAUACGAUGCGUUUGACAGAAGAGGGGCCUGCCAAGUAACUCGUGAGAGGAAAAACUGUUAUGACGACAUAAAAAAUAAUGUGAGGGGUGCAUUGCAGUUGGGAGACUGGAAUAGGUGGAAGACUGAUAUGACAUGGGCCAACCAAAUUGUGGAGAACUCUUCCUACGCAUGUACCAAGGGGAGGGGGAGCGAUCCACUCUAUUAUGAUCGUUGUAAGUUCUUGUACUUUUGGAUUGGCACUAAAAUUAAAACAAUGAAGAAUGUGAGGUAUACCUACUUUCAUACUAUUAUGAAUGCAAUUUACAGGCAUAUGGAGAAUGCCAAUUUCUGGGAUGCAUGCACACGUCCAUGCAUGAAUUUAUACCCUGAAUUGAAGGAUGAACUAUUUGAGGAGCGCAAAAUAUUAUUCGAUUACGAUUAUAAUUAUAAUUAUCUAGAGAAGAGUCCGGAGUGCAGUGCAUAUGUGCGUACUCCAAAUUAUACCACACAUCGGAGAGAAGCUGAAGGUGCAUAUGCAUUGUUAUGCGAACAUUGUAGAACUAAUAGUAAUACAUAUUGUACAGAAUUUGAUAGGAUAUAUAAGAAAAGUGGACAGUAUGAGAAACUACCAGAACUGGUGUGUACCGAUGUACCUAGAGUAAAACCUAAAUUAACGAGGACACUGGGGUCUGAGCUAUAUUCACAGGAAGUAUACAAUUUGUUCGAUAAUGAAUGCGGUGACUGCCAAUGUAAUGGACGUACCGGGGAGGUUGCAGCAGAAUUGGUGAAGUGUCCCGGAGCUAAACAGUAUGCUAGUGCAAUUGUCAAUGCUUGGCAUCUUGCAUCCAAAAUAAAAGAAGAGAAAACGGAGGAUGGUACAAUUUGCUCCUUUUUCUAUUAUUGGCUGGCAGAUAUGCUAUUCAGAAACUGUGGGCUUCAUUCAAUCCCAGAUAUUAUGGGAAGGAUUUACCAUAAAUUAAGGAAAAUUAGUGCUGUAAAUAAUUGUGAACUCCUGAGCACUGAUGACAGCAUGGAGAAGUUCGAGCGAAAGAAAAGAGUGUUCGAUUACAGUCAUGACUAUAUGCCAGUAUGGGAACAACUACGGACUUAUUAUGGAUACUGUAAAUCAACAUAUCCUCAGGUAGGCAGAAGUACUUCCCAAACUUACUACAAUGUGAAUGAUAUGUGCAAGGGUAAUGGUUCCAAUAGUAGAUAUUGUACCCAGUUCGAGAGUAAGUAUGGGAAUUACUGUGAACAGAAGUCAGAGGGGUUAAUAUGUAAAUCAGUGGAAGAAGUGAAAACUGCAGAAGAAGGAAGUAGAGCGGUUUUCCAUGUACUGGGAAUGUCGGAAAAGGAGCCUGUGUCCGAAUUAUAUGCAUCCGCCGGAACGAGCGGCGCUCCUACCGUAUCUUCCAUAUUGGCCAUAUUAGCAGGAAUUAGUUCCAUUACUUUUCUAUUAUAUAAAGUAAUAAUUACAAUUAUAAGUAUAAUGAAAUAA